CCCUGCGGUCGGGAAACAGGUCUGAUCAAUGUCUGUCUGCGUCUGCCUGGAUGGUGCCCCUGUCGAUCACAGAUUGUGUCUGCACACACGGAGGACAAGGAAAAUGCAUGCUGCAGUCCUGGUGGUGAGGAGUCCUUUCUAAAUAUAAGAGGAAUAAAGAAGUCACUUCCCCAGCUGUCAUCAUCUUCCAACAGAUUGAGCAAGAAUACGGAAAAGACAGUCCAUCAAACUCUAGAUGAUGAUCAGCCAUGUGAUUUUUUCAAGAAAAGGAAUAGGGUGAAUGAAUCUCACCAGAAAAGCAGCCAUAUGAAUGCUAGAUCAUCUUGGAAUAAGGUGCAACAUUCAAAGGAUUCUUCAGGAAAAAGGCAGAGUAAAUCCCAAGUACCCCAUGUUUCUUCCCAGCUGAGAAGCAGCCUUGUAGGUGUCUCCCAACCCACUGAAGAUAAACUUAAAGAAAGCAGUUCCCAGGAAAGAAAACCCAAAAGGAAUCCACUUGGUUCCAGAUGUCAGGGGGCCUCAGGAAACAAAUCAUUUUUUGACUUUCAGUCAGUGAAAAUUAUUAAAGAAAAUGCUGAUGAGGACAGUGCAAGUGACAUAUCUGAUUCUGAAAGAAUUCCCAUCCCUCCUUCUCCCCUCACACCCCCAGAUCUUAAUCUUCGAGCUGAAGAAAUUGAUCCAAUUUGCUUCGAUCUUCACCCAGGUCAGGGCCAUACAAAGCCUGAAUACUGUUAUCCUGAUUUCCUCCCACCCCCUUUUAGCUCCUGGGACCUACGGGAAAUGGCAAUGCUUCUGAACACAGAGUAUAAAACUGAAGCCAUGCCACGAGCAGGAGGACUUCUUGGGAAGUAUAUCGAUAGACUUGUUCAGCUCGAGUGGCUGCAGAUCCAGACUGUGCAGGGUGAAAAAGGAAAGGGGGCCAAAGCAAGGCCUGCCACUGCCCCUGGAACCUCAGGGACUCUGAAAAGCCCCGGGAGAAGUAAGCUAAUCUCCAGUGCUCUGUCCAAGCCUCUGCCUCACCAGGAAGGGGCUUCAAAGUCAGGCACUUCACGAAAGAAAGAUUUCUACCAUGAAGAAGUCCGUCCAUCAUAUUACACAUUUGAGACGUCCCCCAAACCCAUUGAUGUGCUGGGUAGUAACAGGUUAUGCUCUCAGAAGCAAACCCUUGAAAUGAGGACAGAAGAGAAGAAAAAGAAAUCAAGUAAGAGUACCAAGGUGCAGCGUUGGGAUUUGUCCUGCAGUGACAGCUGUCCUAAGAUGGAAACCAAUGGUAACAUUCGGAUUCCCAAACAGUCAGUGAUGAUCCUGGACUCAGCAGCCUCCUGUAAGGCCUCCAAAACACAAGCACAUGCAAAUCUUAAGAAAAAGGGAAUUGCGAAUAACUGUGGUCGUGCCACUAUAUCCAGUGAGAAAAAACUCAAAACGAAUGGUGCAAUGCACAGCACAUAUAAAUUGAAAUAGUAUCUGAUACGAUGAAUUGUAAAGACCCGCAGAUAUCUAAAUAUUAGUGCUGUUUCAGAAAUUUUACAGUACUGUGAAUUUUAAGAAAUGUUAUGAUUACUGACAUUUAAGUAGUUGACUGCUCCUUUAAUCCCCGUCACCCCCACCCCCGUUGGAUUAUUUUCAAAGAGAGGUGUCUUUCAAUAAGCCUUUCUUUGUAUUGACAGUCUGAAGCAAAUGAGAGCCCUUUAGAUAAAAAGUAAGCAAGGUAUGUGCCAUAUAAAGAAAUCAAUGACAUCUCUACAAGGGAAGAGUGAACAAAACUUCUGAAAUAGUAGCCAGCCUUUCUAAAACAGGUAACGAUGUUUAGCUCUCACUGAUACUUGCACAAGUAUGCAAAAUAGUGAAUGCUGUGUUAAAUGGUGUAGAAAUCUAAACAUUUGAAACAAGGCCCUUCUUGCCACUGCCUCUCUUGCUUAUACAUAAACUACACAAGCAAAAUUUCUGUUCGUUUUACCCCUUGGAGAAGCUUCACUUCUUCCUCAAGUUAGGGAGUACUUGAGUUUCUAUUUUGAACUGUCACAUCACCAAGCUGCUUGCUUUUUAAAGACAAUGGAAUCUAGUACUUUAGUACAUUUUUUUCUGACAUGAGUUUUAAAAAGAGGGCAUUUUAAAUUUAGAGAUGGUGGUGAUGAAGUCUGUUUUUGAGUUUUCUAAACUGAGGUUAAAAUAAUUUGCAGACUUUCCCAUUUGGAAAGUCAGUGAGUUUAAGUGUGAUGAUUGCUGCUUGGUGGACAUGGGAAUGAAAUAUUUGACACUCUAGAAUUUCUGGCAUGUAAUGUUCUUCUCCAAGGAGGUGCCACAGGAAAAUCACCUUUUAUAAUUUGUAAAUGAAGGGCCUGUAAUAGGAUAAAAACACAUGGAAUCACUUUGCAUGUGAAAUUAAGUUAAUGAAUUGGGACUCAGAUCCUGUUAUCCUUAGUUAAAAAUAAUGGUCCAUUUUAGUUUGCAACAGCAGGAUUUUAUGAUCUUGCUUGGAGUGUGGGGUGGCAAGGGUGGGAGAGAACACCUUUCAAGAUGUGGGGGUGGGGGGGCGGGGAGUGGAAUAGGAAUAAAGUUGCUGAUUGUGUUCUGAACAUCCUUAUCUGGCAUGAUGGCUUCCUGGCUCUCUUAAAGACUUCUUACUUAACUGCCAGUAAAUAACAUCUCCUUGCUCCUAAAGUUGUGCUGUGAACUUUCUGUGGAUAUAUGCGAAUAUCUUUACAAACUUUGAGUGACUACUUGUUGAUAUUUAUUGUGUUUUAAUGCCUGUAGUUGAUUUUAUCCCUUUAAACAAUUAUUGUAUUUGUUUUUGGCAUGCUUUUAUUUUUUUCACCUUUGGAGCAAAAUGAAAAACAUGGCAUUUUUCAUUAGAAAAUAUAUAAUAGCUUGCAUACUUUUCACAUAGCAGUAUAUGUCUUCAGAAACAGCAUGAGGAUAAGAUGCAUUAUAAUUAAAAUAAUGUGCAAAGGCUGAAUGUUAUUUAAUCACUCUAAACAAUGUGGAAAUUUUUUAUGGUAGCCUUGUUUCUUUCAGGGCUUUAUUUUCGGAUUUUUACAUCUUCCCUCUUAUAUUCUUUCUCUCUCACACCACCACACUGGAGAAAGCAUGCUCUUACAAUAAGAUCUUACUUCCACCUUUUUACAUGAACGAAAUCUUUACGUACAGCAGGCGUUACUUCCCUAGUCCUCAAAUACAA